AUGUCAGCACAAAUAUUUGACUCUUCUCCUCCUCGUCACAUCGCUCAGAAGUUCUCCUUCAAGCACACACGUCUCAUCUUCACAGGGACAAACACGGGCCGAAAGACCACAUGCCCACCGUCGAUCAAAGCGAACUCAACCCGAUUUCUUUGCCUCAAAGAAACCAUACUCAUUCCGAAAUGGGCAGGUGUGAAUGCUCUUGCGGGAAAGUACAACAUACCUGUGCUGAAAGAGUUUAAGUUCAAAAUAGGCAAAUCCGCUUGUGAUUUCUUUCACUCUCGAGAGAUCAUCAACGCAAUCUUCGAGAAUACUCCUGACUCGGAUUUGGGGCUACGGAAUACUGUCGUCUCUAGGUGUGCAAAUGCACGCAAUCUGGAGAAGUGUCUCAAUGAGGAAGGGCUAGCUACAGUAAUAAGAAAGCACGGCAACUUUGGUCUAGGGAUGCUGCAGGAGGUCGUCAUGAAGCACAACUCAGAGCUGGAGAAGCAGAAGCAAGGCGUGAAAACCAGAGCAAUCGAAUUGAGACUAGCAGUGGGCAGCUUGCUUGACGAUGCAACGCACCUUCACAUCCCAGGCAAAGAGGACUCGCAGAAGGACUUUGAGCGUGCUUAUGAAGCUUUGGAAAGACUUGAACAGAAGCUUUGGGAAUGUCUGGACGUCUUGAUAUGA